ACUCAUCUUCAGAUCACGUCAGGAUCAAAGUCGAAGCAACCAAGAUUUCAAACUGUUUCACAAUCCCUCUGUAGCCGCUCCAGCAUCCGCAGUGGCCAAACCCGAAGAGAAUGCUUUUAUACUUUGCUCUGCUCGUCGUUGAAGUCCAUCCAUUGUGUUUCCAUUAGGUUAGUGAGUCGUGUUCUUGGAUUUUUAUGUGAAAAUGUCGAAUCUCGAGAAGCUAUUCGUCCAGGUAUUUGAGCGCAAGAACUGGAUCAUAGAUCAGGUCAAGCAGCAGAGAGAUUUAUACGAGCAGCAACUCGCUUCGGAACUGUUGAUUAAUGGGAUUCGCCCUCCUUCGUGGCUGUGGAACGAUGGAACAGAGAAUGGAACUGCAGAUCUCACAGAACUGAAGAAACAAGACCUAAUCUGUGACCUCCUAAUUCCACCACUACGAUCCAAGGUCCCUUCUACUAGUGAUCGCUGUACUUUUUACAGCAAGCCACCUGCUAAAUCAUAUAAUGAACCUGCUGCAGACAGCUUAUUUAUGGAAACUUGUGCUUCCAACAAAUAUUUUGAGGCAGGGGGCAGGUUGACAGUGGUACCUAAUUGUCAUCUCAAUGAAAAUGAGAUCUCACAGAAGUGUACCUUAAAUGAGAAUUGUGAGCUAGAUCCUACAAUUGCUUCUCCUCGAGAUCAGACAAGUGUAAGGGCCUCUGAUAAUUGCUUUGAACCAGGUCAAUCAUUGGCAAAAAUCCAAAGGUCCAGGCCAAGGCAAAAGGCUCUAGAACUUCGAAAUAGUGCAAAGGCAAAAGCAGGAAGGGCUUCUAGCAAGGAAGGUAAUUAUAGUGUUUAUUCUGGUAGAGUUACGAGGUCUAGAACUGCUUGCCAACAACUUAACAAUGUCAAAGAGUUGCUGGAAUUGAAUAAGGUUUCUGAUAUUGCUGAUGAUAAUGGAGGUGGGGUUGCACAAAGAAAAACAGAGAAGUGUCCAAGCAGUGGAAAAGACACAACUGUUCAUUCUGGUAGACCUACAGGUUUGGGGAUUUCUUGCAAACGACAUGUCCAGGAGUUGGUGGAAAUGGAUAAAUAUUCUGAUAUUGGCAGUGAAGGUCCAGAUAGACUGCUGGGUUUUAGUUCUGCCUCCAUGCAGAUGAGUUGUUUUGGCAAAUCAUUGCAGGCAAAUGGAGCCUUAAGUCAGUUUGAGGGAGAUAAUAAACUCCAGGAUGCAGGGGCUGAUCAAGUGACUGUACAAAAGUUUGAUUCAGAGCAAAAGGUUGAAAAAUUAAGUGAUCACUUGCAAACAAAUGUGGGAAUACUUUCAAGCAAUGGAGACAUCUCAAACAGAUAUAGUGUUAGAAAUACAGCAUCUAGUAUCUCAGAAGCUAAUGACUCAAAAAAUCCAAGCCCUAGAGAUACAUGGUCUAGAUCUGUUUCCAGUGAUAAACCUUCUCAAAUUGGAAAACAAUUGAAGUGGGUUGAAGUACAUGACCUCAAGAAGCCAUCAGGUAGUCAAGUGGAUAUCCUCCCAUGUUGUGAUGCCAGAGGUAUUGUCAACCAGGAGAAAUGGAAUACUGACAUUGCAGAAACUGAUCAUGCUUUGAAUGGGCCAGUUGAAGCCUGUCCUUUUCUGCAGCUUGAACGUUCUGCAGGAUCCCUACAGUCUAAUAAAUCCUCAAAAGUUACCAGUGGUAGAAUUAGAUGCUCUAAAUCUGCCUCCACUGAUAAAUCUGGUCAACUUGCAGAACCAUUAAAUUUGGUUGAAGGAGGAAACCUCCAGAAAGCAUCAGAAGCUCAAGUGGAUAUCCUGCCAUGUAAUGAUGGCCCUGGAAUUUUCCAUGAGGAAAAUGGCUUUGUAGCAACCAAUCAUGUUUCAAGUUUGCCAGCUCAACCCUGUUCUAUUUACUGUCAGUCUAAUAUGCAUGGAGCUAGCCAUGGAGACGGGUUGGAAUUUUUACUCAAAAGGCUACCUUCUGAGAGUAGUAUGCUUUUGGAGCCAAAGCAGCUUGUCUUUAAUGAUGUGGAAGUGUACAAUUUGAAUGAGGGUGUUGAUCCUAUGGAAAAGGGGAUUCAAGGGAGAUCAUUAGAAAUAAGAUCCUUUUCUUCACUAGGGCCUGCUGAAUCUUUAGAAAAGGUAGCCAUUUCUGAUGUGUUCCAUAAAAAAUGUGAUAUAUCCAUGGAUGAGCUCCUUGUGCAGAAGGAACUGGUGGAGGAAGUUGUAAAUAGAGAAAAGGAAGCUCAAAGAGCUUGUUCUGAAGCCAAAGUAGAGAGGAGCAGUGAAUUAAUUGGAGCAGAGAAAUCCAGAUGUGACUAUUGCACUACAUCAAUUGGAAAAACUUCAAAAUUGCCUGCUAUGUCAUCAAUGAAUGCAACCUCUAAGAUUUGUGAAGAUGUGGUUUCUGAUAAAUCUCCUGAAACCUACAAAACCUCAAGUCUGGUUCCUUGCUUAACAGAUGAUCUAAUUACCCAGAAAGUUGGUGAGAAAAGCCCAGAUGGAAGCCAACUGCAGAAAGUGGUGGAUUCCAGUUUGCCUGGUAUAGAUGUGGAUCCACAGGCAGAUAGAUCUGGCAAGAAAAGUAAUGUGAAGCUUGAUAUUGGGCCUGGUAUGACAUUUCCAGAAGAUUGCAAACUUGGAAAAGAUGCAAUUGGACGUUUUCUCUGCCAGAUGGCAGCAGCAGACAGUCCUCAAAUGGGCAAUACAGAGACAAGACCUCCCUACUACCUAAGGAGUUCUAGCAGUCGGGAUAAGAAUAUUGGUUCUUCUAAAUUAAGUGGUUCUAUUAUUGCAAGGAAAUCCAUAAUAUCACCCAAAACCAAGAAGAAUGCUGUUGAGUGUUCAUGGCCUCAGUUUAAGCGGAGAAAACUUGAGGGUCGAUCAAGAAAUUCCUUUACUGCUUCUGCAAGGUUAAGGAGAGGGAAACAACUCCAGGAGACAAAUGAGGAUACUGAAUAUAGAUACCUAGAAAAGGUAGAAAAUGAGGCUGAGGCUAUCUUAGAGGUUCAGCCUUUUGCUCCUUGUGAAAUGAACAUUGCUCAACCAAAUGCUUCGGAGAGUCCUGAUGUUCAAAUGCAUGAGAAUGAAAGUUUUGAGAAGGUAGAGUGUUUGGAAUCUCCAAUCAAGUUGCUACUCAAAGAGGAUGAAUUGGAAGGGACAGAUCAAAGUGCAGAGACAGCAUUGGCAUGUAGUGACAAACACAUGGAGACAUCUCUUGAAGGCCAUGGUUCACUUCCAUGUUGUCUAGUUAGCUCUCCACUUACCAAGGUUGUUGACUUAAUCAGUGCUGAUCAAACCAUUCCUGAAUUUGAGGGACACAAUAUGGGUGAGCCUAUAGAGAAUGAUCUGCCAUGCAUUGUUGAAAAUGGAACUGGCUUUGAUCAUUCAGAUCUUCUAAGCACCUCAAUUGGACAGGGUAAUAUUCUGGAGCAGUUAUACAUGUCUUCUAGAAUGCUUACACCACUACCCCAUGCAUCAACCGAGUAUAAAGUGCACAGAACGCCGGACAAAUACCAGUCCUUACCUAAUGGACUUCUUGAGCACAUGUACCUGAGGAAUUCUCUGUUCUUCAAUGCUGAUGAAAGUAAGCAAGUUAGGUGCAGCUACAAUGGGAUGAGUGAGGAAGUUGACUGCACUUUUCUGGGGAAGUCGUACUCUGAUGGCAUGUCAUCCUCUAGUGUCCAAUUUAGUUGGGACACUACAAGACUGCCUUGUACGCCUCCAGUUGGAAAGCUCUGUCGGAGAAUCGCUGCAAAAGCAUCCAAUGAUAGUUUGGAGAAGCAACAUAAUAUAAACCCAGAGCUUACGUGCUUUAGGAUUGAGGAAGAUCCUGGCAUUUGUGAGGAAAAUGGGGACACAGAUGAGAUGUUUGAUCCAGUUAAGGAAGGAGUUCAGUCAAGGGGGGAGAAUUACUCAACUAAAAAGGAACCACUUGCUGAUGUGACUAAUGAAUAUCUUAACCCUUCUGCAUCUGUUUCUUUGGCUGAUAAGUCUGUUGAAAGAGGUAGCCUAGGUUCUGUUAAUGCAGGUUUUAAUACCUCUCAGACCCAAAUGGAUGCCAAACAGAAGCUUAAAAGUACUCAGAGAAAGUAUAAAAACAAAGAUAAGGAGAAUCAAUGGUCUUCACUGGGUAGCAGUGCUUCUCGUAAGGCAACUGAAUCUCUUCAAACUAGGAUCAGCAAGCCCAAAUUAUCAGGGAAAGUAAGUGAAGGCAAAGGUGGCCAGAGUUUAUUAGAGAAGGGGAAUAAGCGUAACAAUAUUGUCUCCAACAUCUCAUCAUUUAUUCCAUUUGUUCAACAAAAACAACCAGCUGCAGUUACAGAUUCAUAUGCUUUAGGGAAGAGGGAUAUCAAAGUGAAAGCCCUGGAGGCUGCUGUGGCUGCAAGACGUCUUGAAGAAAAAAGAGAAAACGAACGUAAAAUGAAGAAAGAAGCAGUGAAACUUGAGCGAGCAAGAUUGGAGCAGGAAAAUAUGAGGCAACUAGAACUGAACAAAAAAAAGAAAGAAGAGGAACGGAAGAAGAAGGAAGCUGACUUGGCGGCAAGGAAAAGGCUGAGGGAAGAAGAAGAAAGGAAGGAAAAGGAAAGAAAACGCAAGUGUAUUGAAGAAGCUAGAAGGCAGCAGAGAGAACAUGAGGAGAGAUUACGAGUCGAAAAAGAGAGAAGGCGCCAAGCUGCAGAUGAGAGGGAGUGCAAAGGAAAUGAGCGGGCAGAUGAAGAAAGAAAGCUUCAGAAAAUGGGAAAAGGUAGGGAAGGAUCUGACUGUACGAAAAAGACAGACUCAGAAUCAAGGACUACCAUGGCUUCUGAAUGUGAUGCCAUAAAAGCUAAUCAUUUUCACGAAUCUUGUCAGGCUCCAAAGAAGUCUGAAGAAAUUGAAAAGGAAAUUUCCAACUUAUGUGAGGCACAUGAAGAUGCCAUCACAGUUACUGAAGAAAGCCUGGAGCAGUCGUAUGCAAUUUCUCCAUACCAAGGGUCAGAUGAUGAAGAGGAAGAAGAGGAUGAUGUGCCUAAUAAAUUUAUCCCUUCAUGGGCUAGUGAAAAUUGUCUGGCUCAAAUCUUUCCCACCUUAAACACGGUAGACCCAAAUGGAAUUUUCCCUCCAUCAAGCUUUUGCGGCAUUGCAGAAGUUCUUUUGCCUCGUAAACAACAGCUGACAUAGGUGGUUAUUUUGAUGAGGAUGGAGUGUUGCCUGCCUAAUACGGACAAGAGUGUUAUUAUCGACUGGGGUCAUUGCGAGUAGUUAAGUACAAGAAGAGGGAGAUGUUUGAAUGGGCCACUAUCCCAAGGGUAUUUGCAUACUAAAAUUUGUUCAGAGAAGGUGAUACCUUACACUUCUUCGCACCUUUUGUAAUUGAUACAACUCAUUUCCAUUUAAUGUAUGUAAGUAGGUUUUUGUAUUGGUAACUCCCCUUUUCUCCACUCACCAAGGAGAUGAAUUCCACCAGAGGGCAAGGAAGCUUUAAAUUUACCUUCAUAGAAUCUCUGCUCUAAAUUCACGUACAUGGAAGCUCCUUUACCAUACCUGAAGUUGUGUAAUCUUCUUCCUUAGUAAAGAGACUCAUUUCCAUUUAAUGUACAUAAGUAGGUUUUUGUAGUGGUAACUCCCCUUUUCUCCACUCACCAAGGAGAUGAAUUCCACCAGAGGUCAAGGAAGCUCUAAAUUUACCUUCAUAGAAUCUCUGCUCUAAAUUCACAUACAUGGAAGCUCCUUUACUAUACCUGAAGUUGUGUAAUCUUCUUCCUUAGUAAAGAGAUAGAAGAAAUAUAUGGAAUCCUGUUAUUCGAAUUGUCAAGCAAUUAAUCCACAAUUUGUGCCUUGUAUUCAA